GGUAGAACUUGAGUGUAUCACGAAGGAGCCAGGACUCUUCGUUCCCUUCCCUGGUUCUUCAAGUUCUCACCGUCUCUCACCGCACUCGUGUGACGCUGGCUCUCGUGAUAAGGCAUCCAUGUCCCAGAACGACAAGAAACGCGCGUUGGGAUGCUCUCAGUUAACUAGUUCACCUGUGGACGGACUGACUCGGACCGCCUAAGCUAUUGGACCGGCCUCCUGAGGCUGGGGCGGAAGCCGGGACGAGCGGGCACCAGGAAAAUCCUGAGCCUGGCUCGAGCAGCAAACGCCCGGAUUUCGAAGACACGGGCGACGAUUGGAGAGUUGGAGCCCGGCGAUGUUUGGAACCGCCCGUGGGACGGUCUCCGCAGGUUCUGCCAGCCGCGGUAGCCUGACGUAUUUGCCCGUCUGGAUCCCUUUAUAUAUAUGUCUCGCCCGCGCGCGACCGCGAGCUCUUUUCUUAUCAGCCAUAACGACAUGCCCGCCGUAGUUGACGCUGCUGUCCCUGAGAACGUGCAGGGCGGCCUCGCGUCCCAUUUGCGGCGAGGCGAUCUCUUUGGACGUGCCUCCAGCUCGUUCGAUGGCGGGGACAUAGCGUUCAUAGCAGUAGCUGGUAUCCUGGUAUUUUUGAUGGUACCAGGUUUGGCCUUCCUGUAUUCGGGUUUGGCUAGGCGAAAGAGUGCCUUGACUCUGGUAUGGGCAGUAGCAGCGAGCAACGCUGUGGUCAUCUUCCAGUGGUGGUUCUGGGGCUACUCGCUAGCGUUCUCCCCCACCGCGACGAACGGGUUCAUCGGCAACCUGCGGAGCUUCGCCCUCCGGAAGGUCUUGAGCGACCCGAGCCCCGGCUCGCCGCUCAUUCCAGAGCUGCUGUACAGCUUCUACCAGAUGGAAUUCGCGUGCGUCACGGUAGGCAUUCUCAUGGGUGCGCUCGUCGACCGUGGUCGUGUGAUGCCCGCGAUGAUCUUCACGUUCGUCUGGAUGACUCUCGUAUACUGCCCACUCGCCUGCUGGGCGUGGAAUCCGAAUGGCUGGGGAUACACCUGGGGUGUCCUCGACUACGCCGGUGGAGGGCCCGUCGAGAUUGGUAGUGGUGUCUCAGGGCUCGCCUACGCGUGGGUGCUCGGCCGGCGCAGCGAACGCGAGCUGCUCAACUUCCGACCCCACAACGUCUCGUUCGUCUACCUCGGCACGGCGAUGCUCUGGUUCGGCUGGCUGGGCUUCAACGGCGGCAGCGCGUUCGGCGCGAACCUCCGCGCUAUCCUGGCGAUUUGGAACUCGAUGCUCGCGGCGGCGAUGGCGGGCAUCGUGUGGUGCGCUCUGGAUUUUCGCCUCGAGCGCAAGUAUACAAUGGUCGGGUUCUGCUCCGGGACAAUCGCGGGACUGGUUGCGGCUACUCCGGCCUCGGGGUACAUCCCACAGUGGGCUGCGGUCGUCAUGGGUAUUGUUGUCGGCGCUGUGGCCAACUAUGCUACGAAGAUCAAGUUUCUCCUCCGUAUCGAUGAUGCUCUUGAUCUCUACGCUGAGCAUGCCAUUGGCGGUGUCAUCGGCCUCGUUUUCAAUGCUCUCUUCGCCGACAGCGAGCUCAUCGCCCUCGACGGCGUCAACACCUCUGUUCCAGGCGGAUGGAUCGAGGGCAACUGGAAGCAGCUCUACAUCCAGGUGGCCUACAUCUUCGCAACAUGCGGCUACUCUUUCGUCGUGACCGCCCUCAUCGCCAAGGUCAUCGAUCUUAUCCCUGGUCUCGCCCUGCGCACGCCCCCAGAGAUGGAGGCGAUCGGUAUGGAUGACGCCCAGAUUGGGGAGUUCGCGACGGAUUACAUUGAGGUGCGCCGGCACUACUCGGACUGGACGCCGUCGGGCGACCGGAAGGCCUCCGACACGAAGGUGUCCGAGACGGACUCACGCACGCCAUUCGCUGCGGGCGACCGGCAUGGGCGCCCGGACCUGUCCGCGGAGGGGCCCAAGGACGGCGGGAGGAGCCAUACGCCGUCGACGUCGCGGGAGCGAAGUGCGGAGAGGGGCCUGCGCUGGGGCCGGACGAGCUCUGACGAGGGACGGGCCCACUUCACCGCGGGCGACCGCCAUGGGGGGACAGAACUCGCACCGCGCGACGGCAACAGGAGUCGGAGUCGAGGAAGGGCCCCAGAACUUGCGUCGAUCAACGAGAAGGAACAUGGGGAGGCGGAGAAGCACGAAUGACAGGAAGCGUCGAUGGUGUCGUGACGAAUCUCACGAAGAAGAGCUGCACGAGUGUCGGAUGCUGGACCUACUUGCAGGACCCUUGGUCUCCACGACACGUUGAAGUCUAGCUGCUUGUAAAAGUAAGUACAACAGUACUGUAUCACAACUCAUCUACACACGCAUAUAGCUCCGAGUCUCUUGUAUCGUAGUCUAUGGGUCGCAGCAGUUGCCGAUACCCUGUAAUUCGCGUUAUCGAUUUUGGAUAGAUGGUUCUUGAAUUUGAUGCAUAGAAGUCGAUCAAUCCC